AUGAUGGCGAGCGAUGAGAAGCUGCUGAAGCAGAAAGCGCUGCCAGAGUGGCAGAUGCAGGAGCUGCGCGAGGCCUUCGACUUGUUUGACACGGACGGCUCCGGCAUGAUUGAGACCAAGGAGCUGCAGGUCGCGCUGCGCGCGCUCGGCUUUGACUCGAAGAAGGACAAGGUGCGGAAGAUGAUCGCCGACAUCGACCUGGACGGCUCAGGCACCAUCGACUUUAACGAGUUUGUCGAGAUGAUGACUGGCAAGAUGGGAGACCGUGACUCUCCGGAGGAGCUUAGCCGCGUCUUUAAACUGUUUGAUGACGACGAGACGGGCAAGAUAACGUUCCACAACCUGAAGCGCGUUGCGCGCGAACUCGGCGAAAACAUGACGGAUGAUGAGCUUCGGGAGAUGAUUAACCGGGCGGACGUUGAUGGCGACGGCGAGGACCGGGAGGAGUUUGUCCGGAUCAUGACAUAUAAG